AAAACCCUAUCUUUGAUUCCAACUAUCAUGCUGCAGUACCUUAUCAGCGCAACCUUCCUUCUCUGUGAUACGAAUAAACGCCGACAGGAUUCUUCGAAUCAUAGUAUCUCCUUUUGCUGAUCCUAAUUUCCCUAUAAAAUGAUAAAAAAUUUUCGUUUUCAUUUUCUUGCUAACCAGAACGGGACUAAGGAUUGGGGAGCCCAAGAGUCCCACUCAAGACGACUGCCACUAGCUCCCAGGAAAGGGGGCGGCCCAGCUCGACCAUCUCCAUCUCAAAUUUUCCGAGAAUUUGUGAAACCCUAGUGAGCUCACCCUGCUUCCUCUAAAAUGGGUUUUUGUGUGAAUCAUUGUGACAGUUUAAUUGGUAGUUUUUCUUUGUCUCUGUCGCAAUCCGUACCUUGUUCGUUGAGAUCCGCCCGUUUUCGUCCCUUCUUUUACUCCAAGAAACGCAGAACAAGGAAGAGCACUGCGUCUUUAACCCUCCAAUCGUGGCCCUAUUUCGGGCGUAAUGUGAAGUUUGGCCAUGGAGUGAACUCGGUAAGAAACGAGCAAGGCAUUUCCACUGCUAAGAGAGACUUUUCACGGAAUGGAGGUUUUGGCGAAACGCCAAAGGGAAAAAGAAUUGACUUGAAGAAGAUUAUGAUCCUUGGGGCAGGUCCCAUAGUCAUCGGGCAAGCUUGCGAAUUUGAUUACUCGGGUACUCAAGCAUGUAAGGCCCUCAAGGAAGAAGGGUAUGAAGUUGUGCUCAUAAACUCGAACCCUGCAACGAUCAUGACCGACCCCGAUAUGGCAGAUAGGACUUACAUUGCUCCGAUGACAUCUGAGUUGGUGGAGCAAGUGCUUGAGAAAGAGAGACCCAAUGCUUUGCUGCCCACCAUGGGUGGGCAGACAGCGCUUAAUCUUGCAGUAGCAUUGGCUGAAAGUGGCGCACUUGAGAAGUAUGGUGUUGAGUUGAUUGGAGCAAAGCUUGAUGCUAUCAAGAAAGCAGAGGAUAGGGAUUUGUUUAAGCAAGCUAUGCAGAACAUUGGGAUUAAGACUCCUCCUUCGGGUAUUGGGACGAAUCUUGAUGAGUGUAUUGAGAUUGCAAAUUCCAUAGGGGAGUUUCCUUUGAUCAUUCGGCCAGCAUUCACGCUGGGAGGAACUGGAGGUGGGAUUGCGUACAACAAAGAGGAGUUUGAGUCAAUUUGCAAAUCAGGGCUUGCAGCGAGCUUAACGUCACAGGUUUUAGUGGAGAAAUCUUUAUUAGGUUGGAAAGAGUAUGAGCUUGAGGUUAUGAGGGACUUGGCAGACAAUGUGGUUAUUAUAUGUUCAAUUGAGAACAUUGACCCAAUGGGGAUCCACACUGGUGACUCGAUCACUGUUGCCCCUGCACAGACCUUGACAGACAAAGAAUACCAGCGCCUCAGAGAUUACUCAAUUGCUAUCAUAAGGGAAAUUGGAGUUGAAUGUGGUGGUUCAAACGUGCAGUUUGCUGUCAAUCCUAAAGAUGGGGAGGUGAUGGUAAUUGAGAUGAAUCCAAGAGUCUCUAGGUCCUCUGCUCUGGCUUCCAAGGCAACUGGUUUUCCAAUUGCAAAGAUGGCUGCCAAGUUAUCAGUUGGUUACUCGUUGGAUCAGAUACCUAAUGACAUCACCAAGAAAACACCGGCUAGUUUUGAGCCUUCUAUUGAUUAUGUGGUGACAAAGAUACCUCGGUUUGCAUUUGAGAAAUUCCCAGGCUCUCAAUCAAUAUUGACAACACAAAUGAAAUCUGUUGGUGAAUCCAUGGCUCUUGGUCGCACAUUCCAAGAAUCCUUUCAGAAAGCAGUUCGUUCACUGGAAUGUGGGUACUCUGGAUGGGGUUGCUCACAGAUAAAGGGGCCGGAAUGGGAUUGGGACCAGUUGAAGUACAGCUUACGGGUGCCUAGCCCAGAUCGCAUCCACGCUGUGUAUGCUGCAAUGAAGAAGGGGAUGAAAAUAGAUGAUAUUCAUGAGCUAAGUUACAUUGACAAAUGGUUUCUCACUCAGCUUAAGGAGCUGGUAGAUGUUGAACAAUUUCUUUUGGCUCGGAGUUUGUCAGAUCUGACAAAGGAGGAUUUGUUUGAAGUGAAGAGGAGAGGUUUCAGUGAUAAACAAAUUGCUUUUGCAACUAAAUCCACUGAGAGUGAAGUUCGGUUGAAGCGGUUGUCCCUUGGUGUUACACCAGCAUAUAAACGGGUUGAUACCUGUGCUGCAGAGUUUGAGGCCAAUACUCCCUAUAUGUACUCUUCUUAUGAGUUUGAGUGUGAAUCAACUCCCACCCAAAGGAAGAAGGUUUUAAUUCUAGGUGGAGGGCCAAAUCGGAUUGGUCAGGGAAUUGAAUUUGACUACUGUUGUUGCCAUACAUCCUUUGCACUUCAGAAUGCUGGGUAUGAGACAAUUAUGAUGAAUUCAAAUCCUGAGACCGUAUCUACAGAUUAUGAUACGAGCGAUCGUCUGUACUUUGAACCACUGACACUAGAAGAUGUUCUGAACAUAAUAGACUUGGAGCGACCCGAUGGCAUUAUUGUUCAAUUUGGAGGUCAAACCCCUCUGAAGCUUGCUCUUCCCAUCCAGCGCUACUUAGAUGAGCAAAAGCCUCUAUGUGCUAGUGGAACUGGGCUUGUUCAUAUUUGGGGUACAUCACCUGAUUCAAUUGAUGCUGCUGAGGAUAGAGAGAGGUUCAAUGUAAUCCUAAAGGAACUGGAAAUUGAACAGCCAAAAGGGGGGAUUGCCAAGAGUGAACCUGAUGCUCUCACCAUUGCUAUGGACAUAGGUUAUCCAGUUGUUGUUAGGCCAUCCUAUGUCUUGGGUGGCAGAGCAAUGGAGAUUGUGUAUGAUGACGAAAAGCUUGUGACCUACCUUAAAAACGCUGUUCAGGUGGACCCUGAACGUCCUGUAUUGAUUGACAAGUAUUUAUCUGAUGCUGUUGAGAUUGAUGUUGAUGCACUUGCUGAUUCAUGUGGUAAUGUGGUAAUAGGAGGGAUCAUGGAGCAUAUUGAGCAGGCUGGGGUCCACUCUGGUGAUUCAGCUUGCUCCAUUCCUACAAAAACCAUCCCUUCUUCUUGCUUGGACACAAUUAGGUCAUGGACUACAAAGUUGGCAAAAAAGCUGAAAGUAUGUGGACUAAUGAACUGCCAGUAUGCAAUCACUGCUUCUGGGGAGGUUUUUUUGCUUGAGUCUAACCCUCGCGCGUCGCGUACGGUCCCAUUUGUGUCCAAGGCAAUUGGGUACCCAUUGGCUAAAUAUGCUUCCCUUGUCAUGUCGGGGAAGUCUCUCCAUGACUUAAAUUUCACCAAAGAAGUCAUCCCCGGACAUGUAUCAGUCAAGGAAGCUGUUCUUCCAUUUGAGAAAUUCCAAGGGUGUGAUGUGUUGCUAGGUCCUGAGAUGCGGAGCACUGGUGAGGUGAUGGGCAUUGAUUAUGAAUUCUCAAUUGCAUUUGCCAAAGCUCAAAUUGCUGCUGGGCAGAAGCUUCCGCUCUUCGGCACAGUGUUCCUCAGCUUGAAUGACUUGACGAAGCCCCAUCUUGCUACACUUGCCGAAGCCUUUUUGGGGCUUGGAUUCAGGAUCGUAUCAACUUCUGGGACAGCGCAUGUUCUUGAAUUGGAAGGUAUCCCUGUGGAAAGAGUGCUGAAAAUGCAUGAAGGGCGGCCACAUGCUGGUGAUAUGAUUGCUAAUGGGCGGAUCCAAUUGAUGAUUAUCACUAGUUCUGGUGACACACUUGACCAGAUUGAUGGGCGGAAACUUAGGAGGAUGGCUCUUGCUUACAAGGUCCCUAUCAUAACGACAGUUGCUGGAGCUUUGGCUAGUGUUGAAGCAAUAAGGAGCUUGAAGGGAAGCUCUGUCAAGAUGAUUGCCCUUCAAGACUUUUUUGAUGUUGAGAGGGAAAAAAGUAAUAGUAAAACCUUGCAGUCAGCCUCAUCCUCUCUUUAAACUUGACUAGGUAUUUCAGGAAAGAAAAAUGACCCAAGGAAGUUUGAAGAAUGUUAAAAGAUGAUCAAGAUUACUGUUAUUUCUUUCUACAAAACAGAACAAUUUUAGUUCAAAAGAUAGAAUAGGUUCAUCUUUAAGUUUCCCCAUUUCCAAGGCACAUGUGGUCAUCUCCUGUGCCCAGUUUGGGGGCCUAGUGCGGUGAUAAAGUAGGCUGAGCGGAGUAGACUCCGCAUCUUGAUAAGUGAUCUAGGUUGCCUACCCAAAGGUGCAGUGUUGGAUCUUGAGACGUCAAUUUGUUCAUUUAUUGAUUCCAUUGGUAUCAUUCAACAGCUGGUCGCUAACAUGCCUACAAUAGUAUAUAUAGCCGAUGCUUCAUUGCUUCAUUUGGCACUAUUGUCUUUUGCUCUAGUUAUGUAAUAUAAAUGAGAACUUGUUAUUGA